GAAAGGCAAAUAAUAAAUACAUAAAAUAAUCUUUUAAAAACGGGUUAAAAACAAUGUGUGUUGAUUUCAACAGUUGGUUGCGGUUGGUUGCAGUUGGUCUAAUAAACGUGUUUCUGACCAUUAACACGGCUGGCAGGGAUGAACAGGAGGACAUCAUUAUUUUAUUUAUUUUAAUUAUUAUUAUUAUUAAAAUGUCUUUGUCGGAUUCUGAGUCUGAUGUCGCCCCCGAAGAAGACGAGGAGGGGAAAAUGUAUCAGUUUAUUUAUGAUAUGAAGAUCGGAGAUGACAGGGAGGACAAAGAGGAGGUUCCAACCCCGUCCAGCUCCAGCAGCGCGCCCGUGACGAGCAGCGCUGGACGGGCCCAUGUUGUCGUGAAGAAGAGCCCAACAGGGCCAACGAGUCCAACGGGGCCAACGGGGCCAACGGGGCCAACGAGUCCAAUGGGGCCAAAUAGGUCCAUCCUGGUGAAAAAGAAAUUGUGGAAAAGCGCCGGUGCAAACAUGUCGGACUUCUUUAACUACGGCUUCACUGAAGCCAGCUGGUUCGCCUACUCCAGGAAGCAGAAGGCGCUGCGCGCAGCCAGGGGGUACACGAAGAGCCCCCACAGAGAGGAAUCCUGCCAUGAGGCGUCAUUCGGCUGCCCGACGCCACCUGACCUCAGACAGAGUGAAGGGACCGGAGCAGGGCAAGACCCCCGUGGUCCUCAGGUGGAGGUUUUCCCCGAGGGGGGCAGAUGUGCUUGGCACCACCCGCCUCCCUCUGCAUCGCCGCCUCCUCCACCGCUCCACCGACGACCCCGUCCUACCACCCACCGGCCACCAGGGGACAGCAGACGCUCUCGAGGCCCCGAGGACCCCCCCACGCCGCUGCACCGCCCACCAGGUACGAGGCUCCGCCCACACGCCCACGAUGACGCCGUGUCUGUUGACUGUGGAGUAAACGGACCUUUAGUGAGUCACGCGUUACGAUGAAGACGAGGACGUCGAGUGAAGUCAGCUGAUGAGACAGACGUCGUGCUUCGGUUCAGCUGGAUUGAGCUCAGCAGCCGGUCGAUCAACAUGAG